GGAAUGAUGACUUCCGAAAAUUUGGUUUCCUUCCAAUACCACCGCUUGGGGGGUUUCCUGGGGGAGACCUUGGUUGUUUCACUUCUUUGUCCGAAAUAGCGCCGCAACGACUUGCAUCCCACCACCAUGAUGUUUUCUUGUGUUGAAGCCUUCAAGGCCAGCUUGGUCAUGCUUUUUCUCUUGGCAGCAGCAACGGCACAAGACAACACGACCAUGGUCGAUCCGGGUGAAGUCAUGAACAUUACUCCAGGUGAAAUCAUGACUCUGCCUCCUGAAACUGUACCAGCCGGGGGAAAUCCACAGGUGACCCCAGAUCCAGAAAGCCAAGAGGGAACCCAGGGUCCGACUACCCAAGUUUUGACUCAAGUUUUAGGACAGACGUUUGCUCCCGCACCCACGCCGAUUCCAGCGGCAGCUGUUGAGACCGACGAGUCUCCAACAAGCGCCCCUGGCAGUGGGGCAACAGACAUUUUGGCUUCCACAUUCAAGGUGCAAAUAGCUGCUGUGGUUGGUUUGGCAGGUGUGGUGAUGGCAAUGUUGUAGGCAAAUCUACUAUAUCCGAGACGAAAGAGAAAGUAUUUGAAACAAUCCAUCAAUUUGCAUUAUUGCUGUGCUAAGAGAGAGGAGGGACUACGGUAGCUGGAUUCUCUGUGAAGGAUCUUUGCAAUUCACAUGACAGGAGGGCUGACACACAAAGAAAGGAAGGUUUGUUUGCUUGGAAAAUUGUUAGACAGAGAAAGAUGGAAACACCGGAAGGCCGGGCAGCAAGAGGAAAGUAGUUGCGGCUGUUGGCCUUCGUUGUUCCACAUCGAUGAUAGAUACUUUGUGUACGGUACUAGUUUCUUCCAGAGGAAGUUUUUGCGUCGCCAAUAGUGGCACACAAUGCUAGAUGUUUCAACUGAAUCUGUCACCGUGGGGUACCUAGGCGCACUAUCAGUAGCUACGGGGG